AUGCACGAGAGCUCCCUGAGAAGGCUGAUUCCAAAUUAUAAUCUCACCAGGGUUCUGCCCAUUGUGAAGCUCCUUUUGGAGAAAGGCCUCUUUGGCUCGAGUGUAAAGGCUCAGGCGUAUUUUCCUGGUCUCUUUGAGCCGUGUCCUGUACGGCAGACGGAGCAUGCGGUACUUGAACAGGAGGCGUCCCGGUCGAAUGAAGAAGUUCUCGAGGAGAUCUCUGUUUCGUACGAAGAACAAGGCAGUGAAGGGGAAGAAGAACGAGGGCAAACUGUAGCAGAUCCAGCCCCUGUACCAACAGAGGUUGAUUUCACCCAAGAGGUGAAAGUAGAACAGGAGAAUGAUUCGGAUGAGACAUUAACACCUGAGAGACCCGCGGCUUCAUUAUUUCCUCUGUACCUCCCAUAUCAUGCUCAGCAUCGGAUCUUGACCAAUGUGCAGCAAGUCUUAGAGGAGUGCAUAUUCGAUUUCAUGAGAAAGUGGCUCCCUGACAAUCUUGAAAGGAACGGAUGGGACUGUGCUGCAGCUGUUGAAUUGACCAAGUGGACGAGGCCUCCCUUCAGAUGGACGUCCCAGAUCCCUGAAGAUGCUCUCCAACUAACAGACCUCAAACUUGAGUCGAUCUUGUCAAAAGUAGUGAGAAUACGUCACACCGCUGUACAUCGACUUCCGACGACUGCGCGCGGAGUUUGUGAUCUCGUUAGGAUCGCCAAGAAGCUGGCUGAGGCUCUUGGAGAUUCGUUACGCACUUCACAGCUGGAGAGUCUCCAUCACGAUCUGCAGGAUAAGAUCCAGAUCCUCGAGUUCAACAAGAAUGUUCUGGAAGAAAAUUUAGCUUGCCAACUCAGAAACAUUGAAGAAGAGCGCGAACUGUUGAAUCGCCGGGAGGAGAGGCUGAGAGCCAAGACGGUCGAAGAUGAUAGGGAAAAUAAGCUCAUGAUGGGUCUUCUGCUAGAAGAGUCGCUGGAACAGAUAUUCAAGACUGAGGGGGCCCACCCGGAGACUGAACGAGGCUGGUCGCGUAUGGGUAACAAAUGUGCAUCCUUUGGACAGGAUGAGCGUUGA